CUUGAAUCAUAGAAGGAAGACGACCCCGCUGACCCCUCAUUUUGUUUUGCCUUGUUUCUUUGUCUUGUUGUAUCAUUUGGAAUUUGUCGAUAUGUCGCGUAAAGCGCACAAAUUUUCUGGGAAUGAGAUCAGGCACGUUUCUGCUAGGUUCGUUGAUAGAAUUUGUGAAGAUGUUAGUGUUGCACUGAGUCGGCGGGCUGAUGAAGUGAUAGAUCCACAGAAUUUAGACAGUUC